GACCCUUCAACGCACGCCGGCUGCCGGAUUUGUACCUGCAGCGUCCCAAACAAGCAGCCUGCGCGUGUCCCAAUCGGGCAGUGCGUUGAAACAUGGCCAAAAGCUGUCCGGCCACGCUUUGCGCGAUGAAACUGAAAUUCCGCUUUUUGUUUGUGUUAAGGUCCGCGGCAGGCCAAGCACACACAUGCCGCAACACACUGCAUCAAACCUGCAACCGGAUAUGUUGCUGCAUCUGGUUGUUGUUGUGUUUUUUCAAAUGCCGGCUGGAUGCUUGGUGGGCCAAUGUUCGGCUUUCAUUUGCAGCCAUUGCUCUGUGUGACUUUUCUGUGUUCUUUUGCCCAACUUUCGCAAAUCCUUCAGAACAGUUUUUAAAACAGUUUUCAAAACAGUUUUCAGAGCAGUAUGAAAUAGCUGCCCUCAUCAGCAGUUUUGCUUCUUUUUUUUCUUGUUCGAACCUCAGAAUAUUUAUUGUUUGAACCUCAGAAUAUUUAUUGUUUUCUGCCCUCGUUCUUCUGUUCUCUUUAAGACGAUUCGUAGUGCCAUUGAAUCUAUUAGCAAGAUUAAAUUAUCUUGCAAAUAGCUGUUAUCAGUCUAGCA